ACUACGUGUUCUUUGUAAUAUUUACUGUCGUUAUCUAUGUUGUAAUGGGACCGUCCUUUGACGUUAAUUUUAUGUAUCAUAUUUCACAAUGGUGUUUUUAAAUGUUUUGAUGCGUUUAGUGAGGUACUUAGAUUAAAUUAAACAAUGCAUCUUAUCUGUCGUGAUUGCGUACUAAGGUAGGACAAACCCCUGACGUCCAGAAGACAACAACAAUGUCGAAGCGGCCAGCAGACAACGAUGCUGGCACGAGCGGUCAGCCGCCCAUCAAGAAAGUUCAGUUUGAGCCAGUUAGGAUAGGUCCCAUCUCAACCUUGGAAGAAAUGGACAUGAAAGUUCUGCAGUUUCAGAACAAGAAGCUUGCACAGCGUUUAGAACAACGGCAGCGUAUUGAAGCGGAACUGCGGACAAGAAUAGAGCAACUGGAGAAGCGACAGACGCAGGACGAUGCUGUGCUCAAUGUUGUCAAUCGCUACUGGAACCAGCUCAAUGAGGAUAUAAGAGUGUUGUUGCAGCGGUUUGAUGCAGAGACGGCUGACGAAUCGGAAAAUAGAAAUGAAAACGAGGCGACAACAUCGUUCCUCAUGCAGCUGUCGACCUGGGACAAGGAGGAGCUGGACGAGAAGUUGGCCAACCGUGUACAAGUGUCCAAGCGAGCUGUGGCCAAAGUGAUUCAAGCGUUCGACAGGCUCAUGCAGAGGAACGAGAAGAUCACCCUGGCCUUGAAAGGGGAACUAGAUGGAGGUUAUUGGAAUCUUCUCCCGUCUUGUGAUCAGUAUGAAGCACCAAAUCUUGAUGAAACAGUCAGGCAAACAAAUAUUGAAGUCCAGGCUGAAAAUAGAAAUCUUCAAGCUCUUAAUACAUCGCUGCAUGAGAAAUACCACACAAUUUCAUUAAAGAUGGCGGAAUAUCAAGACAAGCUUGCUGGCAGGGAAACAGAAAUAGCAGAGCUCAGGAAUCAGAUAGAUGAUCUGCAGUAUGAGUUACUGAAGGUUCAGUCUCGAAAUGACAAACUGGAAAACCAUCUGGCUGAGGCUAUUGAAAAACUUAAAACUUACCAGCAGAUUCAUGGAGAGGAUAAGACUGUUGUGAAACCUGUGGUAACUUCAAGUGUAUCUCAGAAGAAGCUGGAGGACCUGCAGAAGGAGCUAGAGGAGCUGAGGGAGAUGUCCAACAACAGGCUGCAGGAGCUGGACAAGCUGCACCAGCAGCACCGCGAUGCCCUCAAGGAGGUCGAGAAGCUCAAGAUGGACAUCCGCCAGCUUCCAGAAUCAGUUAUUGUGGAAACAACUGAAUAUAAAUGCUUACAAUCUCAGUUUUCUGUGCUGUACAAUGAGUCCAUGCAGCUGAAAACUCAGUUGGAUGAAGCUCGUCAGCAACUUCAGACCAGCAAGAAUGCACAUCUCAGGCAUAUUGAAAUGAUGGAGAGUGAAGAGCUCAUAGCGCAAAAGAAACUGCGGUCAGAGGUAAUCCAGUUGGAAGACAUCCUGGCCCAGUUGCGCAAAGAGUACGAGAUGCUGCGCAUUGAGUUUGAGCAGAACUUGGCUGCCAACGAGCAGACAGGCCCCAUCAACAGAGAGAUGAGGCACCUGAUCACCUCUCUGCAGAACCACAACCAGCAGCUCAAAGGGGAGGUGCAUCGGUACAAGAGGAAGUACAAGGAAGCAAAUACUGAAAUACCUAAGCUGAAGAAGGAGCUGGAGGACCUGGCGACCAAGCUGGGGCAGCAGUCCUCGCAGGAGGGCAAGGAGGGCUCGUCGUCGGAGUCGCCGUGCAAGGAGGAGGAUGCGGGGGGGUCCGCCCCGGGCCCCGCCCAGGUCAAGGAGGAGCAGGGUGCCGGCCCCAGCAAGGAGGGCGGCGAGGAGGAGACGGAGGGGGAUGAAGGUGACAAAGAAGGUGACAAGGAUAAACAGCUGCAGUCACCAAAUGUGAAGAAAGAAAAAGAUGUUAAAAAAGAAAAGGAUGUCAAAAAAGAUGUAAAAACUGAGAAAGAUCACAAGGAGCAACAUCGUGCGAAGGAAGCUAAAGCAGUUGAAUCUGAACUUGUCCGUGAUCUUAGAGCACAACUUAAGAAAGCCCUGAAUGACCAGAAAGAGAUGAAGCUGUUGCUGGACAUGUACAAGGGCGUGAGCAAGGAACAGCGCGACAAAGUGCAGCUCAUGGCAGCUGAAAAAAAGACUAGAGCCGAGCUGGACGACAUUCGCCAGCAGUUGAAAAAGUUGCAGGACAACAAACGCGAAGAGCGCAAAAAACUUUGUGAUGAAGAUGCAAUGCGUAAAAUCAAGCAGCUUGAAGAGCAGGCUUACCAGCUUCAGAAACAGGUGGCGUCCCAGAAACAGGUAGAUGGCAGUUGGACUUCACAGAGCAACUUUAACCUCAUGAGACCGUUUGAGGAAGAGGCACUGCUGAACGAAAUGGAAGUGACUGGUCAAGCAUUUGAAGACAUGCAGGAACAAAAUUCAAGACUUAUCCAACAACUUCGAGAGAAAGAUGAUGCAAAUUUUAAGUUGAUGACAGAACGUAUUAAAUCCAACCAGUUACAUAAACUAGCAAGGGAAGAGAAGGAUGUGCUGAAAGAGCAAGUGGCAACACUGACAACUCAGGUAGAGGCGACCAAUAUAGUUGUGCGCAAGCUGGAAGAGAAAGAACGAAUCCUUCAGAACUCUCUGGCAACUGUGGAAAAGGAGCUGGCCAUCCGGCAACAAGCGAUGGAAAUGCACAAACGCAAGGCCAUUGAAAGUGCUCAGUCUGCUGCAGACUUGAAGCUUCAUUUAGAGAAAUAUCAUGCCCAAAUGAAGGAAGCUCAGCAAGUUGUUGCUGAGAAGACUAGUGCAUUAGAAGCAGAGGCAUAUAAAACUAAGAGACUUCAGGAGGAAAUAGCUCAGCUGCGACGCAGGACAGAACGUAUGAAGAAGAUUGAAAUGGCUGGUACUUUAGAUGAAGUGAUGUUAGAGGAGAUCAGGGAAUAUAAAGAGACGCUCACAUGUCCCUCAUGUAAAGUGAAACGUAAAGAUGCUGUUCUUAGCAAAUGUUUUCAUGUUUUUUGUUGGGAUUGUUUGCGAACUCGGUAUGAGACCAGACAACGAAAGUGUCCUAAGUGUAAUGCAGCUUUCGGGGCCAAUGAUUAUCACCGAUUAUAUCUUUCGACAUAAGUCAAAAGAUGUUUUAACUCAAGUGAUUGUAUUUUUCCAUGCAUUUUUAUACCUCAUUUUAUAUUAUUUGAUUGUCAUAAAAAUUAAAUUAUUUUUAGUUUAUAUAUAUAUAUACUUUUGUGUUGUAAAGUACACUGUGGAGUUCUAUACUUAAUAUUUAGUAAUUUUUUUUCUAUUCUGUAUUGCCUAGUGGUACUGGUACCACAAAAGUAGUUCAAUAUCAAAUGUUAGUCAAUUGAAAGGAUAUGAAGUAACUUUUAAUUCAUAAAAUAAUAUAUUUCUUAUGUUAUUGCUGCAUAAAUUAACUAAGAAGAAUGUGUUUACAGUGGUUCCUGCUUUGCUGAGUUUUUAUUGUUUAUAUGUAUAUAAGUUCAGUGUAAAUUAUUUUGUCUUAAUUUUUUAUAUUAAUUUUAAUGAUAGGUGUUAUAACUUUUUGAGAAAUAAACCAUAUAUGUAUAUUAUACAAUGUUCAAUAGAUUAAUGGUUAGUUGACUACCAUUAAUGAAAGUUUGUAUUUAUUAAAAUGUACAAUAAUUAAUGUAGGCUGUUUCAAUUUGUCAUUUUCUCAUUGUACAAGUGUAUGUUAGUAUGGGCUAUAAAAGAGUUUUUUCUAUGUAUUUGGACAUUUACAAUUCAUUAACUUUCCCGUUGUAGUACUGGCGACCACAGUGGUAACUCAUAAUUCCACCAAGGUGAUUUAGGUUCAGCACUUGGUGGGGUCAUGCCUGGUUAUUUUGUAAGUUGGUGGACCUUGCAGUAAACCAAUGGGUUUUUCAAAGGGUUCUUUUAUUUCCUCCCCCUUUCUCUUCCUUUUCUCUUGUUCAUUGUUGAAACAUAUUCUAUUGCCACGUCAUCUCAUCGUUUCACUCCUCAUACGUCUCUAAUAGUGAUGGGUCAAACUCGAGAUUCGGAAAUAAAAUAAUGUAUAAGCAAAAACACAGACAUUUAAGUUUCUAAAGAAACAUUAAUUCCACCCAUUAAACUUCUUUUUUUUU